AUGAACGAUCUGUGGUCCUACUUGCAGAAUGAGGUGGUGGCAGGUAACAGGAGACCUUUGGUUGUAGGCCCCUCGGGGGUUGGAAAGUCUGCCUCUGUACUAAGUUUCGCAGCUUCCUUGGAUCGUGUGGAAUGGAGCGUGAUUUGGAUUCAUUUAGGUGUGGUCUCGUCCUGCCUGGUUAUGAGGACCAAGAAGUGGUGGAGACUUGUCGAUCUCAACGAGUACAUGUCCGUGCUCCCUCGUGUCGCUGAUGAAAAGCUGUUCGUAUUCGUGGAUGGGUACAAGAACUGUAAAACUCAUGAGGAAAUUUUACCCAACAUACUCGCGAGACUCUGCGAGGAAGACCGACUCGUUGUCUGCUCCCCCAUGGCUGCGCUCGGGAAGAGGAACGCCCAGAAUGACGCACUUUUGAGAAUCAAGGCCUAUUUCAUGAGUAUCUGGAAGCCAUCGCCGACGACGCUUUUUAUGCACAAGCUUGAUGCUGCAAGUGUGUACAUGUAUAACGAAGUGAACGCGGAAGAUGGCUGUGGUGAGGAAGGACAUAACGAUGAGGAGAAGAGGAACCACGCCUUAAAGUUGAAAUUUUACUAUGCCGGUGGCUCGUGCCGGUUCAUGUUCCAGUUCACCGCAACGAAGGUGAAAGAAAUACUGCACAUGGCGCUUGUCAGCACUAAAAAAUUGGACCUGUCCAGGUAUUGCUGCGGAUUUUAUCACUCUGACACAACUAACACCUUUUCCGGGAUGCAGCGCGCAGCGCGUGAUCAUCAUCCUAGAUUGUCUCCUGUGAGCUCGUUUGCUGUCUCCCACUUGGCAGAGGAUAGCGAAGAGAUAGUCAUUUCGGAGUUAGUGGUUCGUUUCGACGACAGUGACGAUGAUCCGCCGGUGGAUCGGUUCGUCUUCGAGUGGUUGUUUUUCGCCUCUGUUUCAAAUCGCAAGUUGAAACUAUUUGGCAUCGGAGGUUGUGUCGAUGUUCUGCCUCAAGCGAGAGUUCUUCAGUUUAAUCCCAAGAAAGGAUUCAGGAAAUUGACGGGUAUGAUCACUCGCUGUUAUGCGGACAACACGUAUGAUAUUGUCUACGCCGGCGGCGAGAGGGACACGCGUAUUGCCGACCUAAUCCAAGACCGUGAUGGCGAGAAAAAUCAGUUUGAGAAAGCCUCUCGAGCGGAACAAAGGAGACUAUGA